AUGCCUGUUCACUACCUGAUUCUCCUUUCCCGGCAAGGCAAAGUGCGCCUCGCCAAAUGGUUCACCACUCUCUCCCCUAAGGAGAAGGCCAAGAUCAUCAAAGAUGUCACCCAACUGGUGCUGUCCCGCCGGACGCGGAUGUGCAACUUCCUCGAAUACAAAGACUCGAAAGUCGUCUACCGUCGCUACGCCUCCCUUUUCUUCAUCGCCGGCUGUGCCUCGACCGAUAACGAACUGAUCACCCUGGAGGUGGUGCAUCGAUACGUGGAGCAGAUGGACAAGUACUACGGCAACGUCUGCGAAUUGGAUAUCAUCUUCAAUUUCCAGAAGGCCUACUUCAUUCUGGAUGAGUUGUUGAUAGCAGGGGAAAUGCAGGAGACCAGCAAGAAGAACGUCCUUCGUUGUAUCAGUCAACAGGACAGUUUGGAAGAUAUGGAGUUCCUCCCGCUUCCAGAGUUCGAAGACGUGACCAGCUCGCUCAACUUCGAUACAAAUGACUGUCAUAUAGUGGGUGGGUGCGACGUCUACACGACCAAGGCCGCCCGCUCCGACCGGAAGCUGUACAACCACAUCGAGCAGUCCCUGGAAGCCCAAUAUGAAUCGGUGCUACGGUUUUCCGCCUCAUUGUCCCCUCCCAAUGCCCACGAUGCGGCCGAGACCCUGAACCUGUCGCGAUCCAGUCCGUUCGGCCCCCUGAGCGACCACUCCAGCCGUCGGACUUUCGCCUAUUUAAUCGCCACUCUCAAUGCCAGUAACCCAGACUACGACUUCUCACAAGUCCUGCGCCCGACAGACUUCCGACGCGAGCGGAACCUGAAGCGCACGAUGAACACGAUAGACUCCACACUUCUCAACCUGCGACCGCGCGAGAAUCUCACCCUGUCCCCGGCAUCCCCCGCCACUCUGUCCGGAUCAUACAAUGCAGGUUCCUCAUCCUCCUGGGGACCCCGUGUGUGGAAGACAAUCGAUGAACACAUGUCGCUGAAGGAGUGUUCGAUCUAUUCGUAUUCCCCGGAAGAGGACCCAUCCGACGCCGACGAUGGGGCCAUUUGGAGUCUCCACUUCUUCUUCUUCAACCCACUCCGCAAACGUGUCUGCUACAUUUACCUCCGCGCCAUUCCCAUUCUCAGCCACACCCCCGACGACAUGGUCGCUACGCCAUCCGGCAAGCGCACCUACGACGAUGGAUACCUGACCCCGGACCUCAGUUCCAGCAAGCGGGCCAAAUUCUGGUUUGGCGAACGCGCCCGCUCCACUCUUAUCGCUAGUGAUAGUGAUGAUGAGAUGGACCGUCCGCCCCGGACUCGGCCUUCCGCGGAUGAAUACGACACCUACAUCAUCAGUGAUGAUGAGGAUCCUCUGCCACCCCGUCGUGGGGUGCGUGCUAUGAGUGAGGAGAUCGCGGAUUCCAUGGAGGUCUGA